AUGGUCACCAAGAACUCUAUCUUUGUGCGAGAAAGCCGUGUCCAGGACGGCCGGGUCAUCGUGCAUGGUCUCGGGUCUAGCCUUGCAGCCCCAACGAGACAGACGAUGAGCAGCAAGGACGAAGGGCCCCCCAAAAGGCGGGAAUCCCGCUCCGGAACUCGGAAGGUCUCCCAUCUUUCGGCCGAACAACUGGAGAGGAAACGUGCGAAUGAUCGUGAGGCUCAACGAUCUAUUCGACAACGGACAAAGGAACAUAUUGAGCAGCUCGAGCAUCAGGUUUCCGUGCUGCAAGCCAGAGUGGCAGAGCUGCAGCCCCGAAGCGAACGAUUCGAUGCGUUGGUCCAACAGAAUGUCGCUCUUCAGAACGAAGUCAAUCGAUUGAAGCAACAGCUGGGUAUACCCAUCGAUCGUCCGGCCUUCCCGGCAGGUGGGGAUCAGCCUGGUCCUUUUCGGCAUGGAUGGCACAUGGAUGAAGGGCCCAGCAAUGCAGCCAACCCCGCGACCAGCAUGCUAUCGCCGUUUCCUGGAUCAUCGCACCCUCCAAACGCUCCUCGAGCACCAUCGGCCGUGUCGGCUUCGAGUCGAUCACCCCAUCCCCAUGACUGGCAGCAAUACUCGAACACACGGUCGCCGUCGUUGGGUGACACAUCAGAGUCAGACUACUCUUCUCAACCAUACGUGAUGGAAGGUCAGUUGCGAAGAGGUAGUCAUUUGGUUCCUCCUUCUCUGCCUGUCGCCCCUCAACUCAGCUUCGGUGCUCCUGGUCCGAGGCAGCAGCCUUCCGAGUCGUCUUUUCCGCAGAUUUAUCCACGAGAAGGUCUUGAGUCUCCUGGUCAGCUGUCCAUAGAACAGCCUUCACCUCCAUUUCUUCCUAGCCAAGCAGCGGCAAGCGCUGGUGCUCAACCAGCGUCUGGGCAGCCAUACCCGCCAUCAGUGCGCCCGUACCAAAAUCCCAUGGGACCGCAAACACAAAGAGACCCGCCAUAUCCCUACCCAUGGAAUCAACAAUCAUGA